CUUGUACCAACGCGGGGCACCCAAGCAAUGCUGCGUGCUCUCACCAGAAGCAACAGGCUAAUAUUAUCUUCCUAUUUCAAACAAUCCCCUUUACCAAGAUAUCCCUUUCCUUUCUUUUCUGGACGUCCAUCCUCUUCCCAAUUUGGUGAUAUUGAAGAUAUGGCUUCUAAAGAAGCCAAGAUGGCUUUGAAGGCCCCUAAAGGCACACGCGACUGGGCUGGUGCCGAUAUACUUCUACGAGAUUACGUCUUCGACAAGAUUAGCAAUAUCUUCAAACUCCACGGCGGUACACCUCUUGACACCCCUGUGUUCGAAUUAAAAGACAUCCUAGCGGGUAAAUAUGGCGAAGACGCGCGCCUAAUAUACAACCUCGAAGACCAAGGCGGCGAACUCUGCGCCCUACGAUACGAUUUAACAGUCCCCUUCGCCCGUUGGCUAGCCAUGAAGAACAUCCAACAGAUCAAGCGCUACCAAAUCGCUAAAGUCUACCGUCGCGACCAACCUGCCAUUGCCCGUGGCCGCAUGCGCGAGUUCUACCAGUGCGAUCUCGACAUCGCCGGCGUCUACGACCCCAUGAUCCCCGAUGCCGAGAUCCUACGAGUUAUCUGCGAAGUCUUCGAAGCCCUCGAACAACCAAUUACCAUUAAGAUCAACCACCGCCGUAUCCUCGAUGGUUUCUUCGCCGUCGCAGGUGUUCCCGCCGAGAAAAUAAGACCGAUCAGCUCAGCGGUAGACAAGUUAGAUAAAGAGCCAUGGGACGUAGUCAAGAAAGAGAUGGUCGAGCAAAAGGGUCUUCCCGAGGAAGUCGCCGACAAGAUUGGUACAUACGUAUUACACCGUGGCACAAUCGACGAGAUGAUACAAUUCAUCAAGGCCGACGAGGCUCUAUCCGCCAACGAGGAGAUUAAAGCUGGAAUCAGCGAUAUGGAGCUCCUAUCGACCUACUCUAAAGAAUUAAAUACCUACAACCAAGUCUCCUUCGACCUUUCCCUCGCCCGUGGUCUCGACUACUACACUGGCCUAAUCUUCGAAGUCAUUCAAAAGCCGCAAGACGCGAAAGACGCCGACGGCACAAGGUACCCGGAGAAGUCGUCCAAAAACCAAGAUGCGUCCGCAGUCGGUAGUAUUGCGGCUGGUGGUCGGUACGAUAAUCUCGUCGGCAUGUACGGCAAGAAACAGAUUCCAUGCGUGGGUAUUUCCUUCGGCGUCGACCGUAUCUUCACAAUCCUAAAAGCGAGACGCGGUGACGAGCAAGAACGUGAGCGUCAAAUCGAUGUCUACGUCAUGGCCUUCGGUGGCAAGGAGUUCGAUGGUUUACUACCCCAACGCAUGUCCGUCGCGCGCCAGCUAUGGGAAGCUGGUAUCCGCGCCGAGUUCUCGCAAAAGGUAAAGCCGAGGCCUCAACAACAGUUCAAGGCCGCCGAGGGCGUACCACUGGGUGUGAUAUUGGGCCAAGAUGAGUUGGCAGAGGGUAAGGUUAGGGUUAAGGUGUUGGGAACAGGGAGACCGGGUGAGGAGGACGAUAAGGAUAAGGAGAAGGACCAAGGACAGUUAAUUAAGAGGGAGGAUUUGGUCGCUGAGGUUAAGAAGUUGUUGCAGGCGCAGACGAGUACACUACCGAUACGGUAAACGGGGAUGGUCUUAGUUGAUGAAAAAUAACCAACUUAUGAUAUGAGACGUUAACGUAAAAUAGAAAUAGUCUAGGCCAUCUAGGGAUUAAGGCCCAGGACGGAUGGAUGACUCGGAAAAUGAGAUACCUAUGAAGAACUACUCUGAGCCCAGCCUAACUUAAGGAGGCAAGUACUUUUAUAGCAAGUUCAACGUGAUAAGAGG